AGCGGACGAGUCGGGAAGUUGGAGUUGGUUUGUUGAGCGCACACCGAGGGAUUUGACCGGCCGACGCUGUCUGUCGGCGUGUGACUAAUAACGGGAGCUUGAACGAAGAGCGAAACGUUCAGCGGUUUUGGGUUUUUGUUUUUUUUUUGUUUUUUUUUCCGAGAAGACGAGAGAAAAACACCAAACAGCAAAAUCCCACGGUGCUUCCAUGACAAUGCCGAGCUCAUGGAAAAUGCGGCAGGAGACAGGAGCAUGUUUGGAGAAGAACUAAUUAACCCGGGCAAUUUGUAGUUUUGGGGUCUUUUUUAGGUUUUUUUUUCUAUUUUUGACGAAAAUCGUGCUAUGUGGUCAUUUAACCUUUCUCUGGACGCGAUAUUGGAGUUGCGAUCGCCACUUUUUUCUAAAUAACUUUUAUCCUUUAUUAUGCCAGAGGUCUAAUCGUUGCGUCCUUUGCGAAGCACGGUAAGAUCUUGGAUGGGUCAGGCCAUGUGAAGUUCUGCGUGGAUGCCAGCAAGCCAGAUAUCGGGAGCUGGCUGAAGCACAUCCAGUUUGCCCCUGUGGCCCAGCAACAUAACGUAACAGCUUUCCAGCUAGACGAUCAGAUUUUCUACAAAGUCACCAGAGAGAUUUACCCCGGCGAAGAACUGCUACUGUUCAUGAAGGCUGAAGAGUAUUCAUGUGACACCAUGGCUCCUGAUAUUCACGAGGAGAGACAGUACCGCUGUGAGGACUGCGACCAGCACUUUGAGUCCCGCACCCAGCUGCUGGACCACCAGAAGCAACCAUGUGGGAUGCCCCCCUCCUCCUUCCUCAACCCAGGAGGGGACAGUGACCUGGAGGCCCAGGAACCCCAUGACCUGCAUGCCCUUCAUAUGUCCCAUGGUCCUCAUGACUGUAAGGAAUGUGACCAGGUCUUCCCCGAUGUCCAGAGUCUCGAGGCCCACGCACUGUCCCACUCAGAAGAGAGGGAAUAUAAGUGUGACCAGUGUCCCAAGGCCUUUAACUGGAAGUCUAACCUGAUCAGACAUCAAAUGUCCCACGACAGUGGCAAGCACUAUGAAUGUGAAAACUGCUCAAAGCAGGUGUUCACAGACCCCAGUAACCUGCAGAGGCACAUCCGCUCACAGCACGUCGGGGCUCGGGCCCACGCCUGUCCCGACUGCGGCAAGACAUUCGCCACAUCUUCAGGCCUCAAGCAGCACAAGCAUAUCCACAGCAGUGUCAAGCCCUUCAUAUGUAAGUCACUCAGACCCUACCUAUGUGAGGUGUGUCACAAGUCCUACACCCAGUUCUCUAACCUGUGCCGUCACAAGCGCAUGCACGCUGACUGCCGCACGCAGAUCAAGUGCAAGGACUGUGGCCAGAUGUUCAGCACCACCUCCUCCCUCAACAAACACCGUCGUUUCUGUGAAGGGAAAAAUCAUUUCACGGCAGGGGGGUUGUUUGCCCAGGGUUUACCCCUGCCCGGGACCCCUGGCAUGGACAAGUCGGCACUAGCGGCGAUGGGCCACAGUAGUGCUGGCCUGGCUGAUUACUUUGGGGCCAAUCGCCCCCACAGUGGGUUGACCUUUCCUGCCGCCCCAGCAUUUCCCUUCAGCUUCCCUGGCUUGUUCCCCUCGGGACUCUAUCACCGUCCCCCCCUCAUCCCUGCCACCACAUCCCCUGUUAGACGGCCAGCACCGGGUGCUGCUGCUGUUCCUGGCACAGAAUUGAAUAAGAGCCCAUUGCUGCCACCAAGCCCCGGGGCCCAGGAGGCCCGGGAACUCCUCAAAUCUCUCCAGAAGGAUGGAGGCUCACUUGGCAACCAGAUACCUGGGACAAAAGUCACCAACCAGAGCUCCUCAUCUUCCACCAAGCAGCGAAACAAGCUCAGCGAUCAGUCGGAGAGCAGCGACCUAGAUGACGUCAGCACGCCCAGCGGUAGUGACCUGGAGAGCACAUCGGGCUCCGAGCUGGAGAGUGACCUGGACAGUGAGAGGGAGCGGGGGGCGGCUGGCUGUGAAAACGGCAAGGGCCCUAAGAGGAAGGCCAGUGAAGGAGGCCCCCAGAGUCCCACCCUGUCGGGCAGCAGUGCUACCAAAGACUUCCCGGGCCCUGCCCUCUUUCCCCCCUCGCUGGACGAGCACACGGCUGUGUCGGGGGCUGUCAAUGACUCUAUCAAGGCCAUUGCCUCCAUCGCCGAGAAGUACUUUGGCUCCACAGGGUUGGUUGGCCUACAGGACAAGAAGGUCGGCUCGCUGCCCUAUCCCUCAAUGUUCCCAUUGCCUUUUUUUCCAGCCUUCUCUCCUCCUGUCUACCCUUUCCCAGACAGGGAGCUCCGACCCCCAGCCCCAAAGGGGGAGCCAAAGUCGCCAACGGAUGAUGCAAAGAAGACCCAGGUUAGAUCAUCAUCUGAGUCGCCCUUUGACCUCACCACCAAGCGAAAGGAGGAAAAGCCUGCUCCCUUUGCCCCCUCCAAACCAGAGGCUUCCCAUUCCACCAAUCAGGACCAGCCUCUCGACCUGAGCAUGGGGACCAGGGGCCGUGGCAGUCAUGCCAGGGAGGAAGAGACGAAGAAGAACUUAGGGUAUGGAGAGGAGAAGACAAUGGUGGAGAUACCCAAAGCUGAUGCCUCUCUACAGCAUGCCAGACCCACUCCGUUUUUUAUGGACCCAAUCUACAGGGUUGAGAAGCGGAAGAUGAGCGAUCCGUUUGAGGCUCUGAAAGACAAGUACAUGCGACCAGCUCCAGGCUUCCUCUUCCACCCGCAGUUUCGUAUGCCAGAUCAGAGAACUUGGAUGUCGGCCAUCGAGAACAUGGCAGAGAAGCUUGAGACAUUUGGCUCACUAAAGCCCGAGUCAGGCGACCUGCUUCGAGCCGUCCCCUCCAUGUUUGACUUCAGAGCCCCACCAUCGGCCCUGCCGGACACGCUGCUCCGCAAGGGCAAGGAGCGCUACACCUGCAGGUACUGCGGUAAAAUAUUCCCACGCUCUGCAAACCUGACCCGCCACCUCAGAACCCAUACAGGAGAACAACCAUAUAGGUGUAAGUACUGUGACCGUUCCUUCAGCAUAUCCUCCAACCUGCAGCGCCACAUUCGCAAUAUCCACAACAAGGAGAAGCCCUUCAAGUGUCAUCUGUGUGACCGCUGCUUCGGCCAGCAGACCAACCUGGACCGCCACCUAAAGAAGCAUGAGAACGGCAACCUCUCAGGCACUGCAAUGUCCUCCCCGCAAUCUGAACUGGACAGCGGCAGCGCCAUUUUGGAUGACAAAGAGGACUCCUACUUCAAUGAAAUACGAAAUUUUAUUGGCAACACAGGGCAGAACCAGACAUCACCUGAUCCCUCUGAAGAAGGGUUGAAUGGCGGUCAAUUUGAAGAGGAAAAGCCACUGAUGACUAGCCGAGGGUCGCGUGACCUGGAGGAUGAAGAAGUAGAGGAGCUUGGUGCUGAUGAGGAGGAAGGAGAGGAGCCUAGCAACACCUCGGAGAAACCAGAGGGUGACGUUCUUCCCAGCAACCUCGACGAUGAUGUUAUACAAGACGACAUGGACAUGAACCUCAACUGUAAAACUUCUCCAAGGAGGUAUGAAGCUGAGGAAGAUCAGAGAGGCUACUCAGCCCUUGAUCAUAUCCGUCACUUCUCAGAGAUGCAUAAGAUGGAGGAGAGUGAACUGAGUGACGGAGAUGGAGAUGAAGAGGGGGGAGCUUUUAGUUCCCCGUCUCUGGCUGAGGCAGUCAAACAGCCAUUGUACAGGAAAUCAAAGUCCCAGGCGUACGCCAUGAUGCUGUCACUAGCCGACAAGGACUCCCUCCACCCAGCCUCCCACACGCCUGCCACCAUGUGGCAUAGUUUGGCAUGUGCUGCCGCAGAGUCCAGUGCCAUCCAGUCCCUCAGCCAUGUAUGAUGACACCCUUCAACCUUCGCCCUUUCACCCCUCAGCCCCUGACUCUGACCUUUGGCACUGGGGGCCCAUCACAGGACCAUCCACGGGGCCCCCCGGACCUCUGCCCUGACCGUCCAUAGACUGACUGCUGAGCAGAACCAUGGCCCAUCUGACUGCUGAGCACAACGCCUUACACACAAAGCAGGGUCACUGUCCAUACAGCUCCUGCCCCAGAAACCCUCAAACAGAUAUAGAGCAAAACGUCCUCCUGUGACCUUAAAAAUUAAUUAAUGUAAUUAAAGAUUAAUUACAUUGUCAGCCAAGAUGAUAGUUAUGAUGAUGAUGAUGAUGAUUAUGGUGAAAAUAAUAAUGCUAAAGUAAUAAUAGCUGUAUUUAUUCUGCUGAAUUUCUGUUUUGCACAGCAAAGGCAGCUGGUGGACAGAGAAGAUAGACGUGCUGAUUUUUCAUUGCUAGUUUGCAUUUGUUACCCAGCACAUAAACAAAGCAGAGAGAACGUUUGAAGCUGAAACACUGAAAUCGGUUUGCGUCUCAAAGACAGACAGUUUCAGCCUAUGUUUCACCUCAUUUAAAGGGUAAAACCCCAGCUGUGCCAGAGUCCUUCUCAUUGGACAAGGAAUAUCUUUGAAACGUAUUACACACAAUCUCUUUAACCCCUGGAGAUAUACAGGUGUUUCUCAUAAAACACGUACUUGAUGAUAAAAACAAUGGGGCAGGGUUCCCUAGCAAGCUGGUUUCAGAUGAAACCCCUCUCCACGUGAAGACAGCGCAAAAAAACAAAAACAAAAAAAGCGCCACAAUGAGAACAUCGCUGAUGAUUGACGAACAAAAAAAAAAAAAAAACACAAUUGUAAAAGUGAAACCUUCCAGUUUCCCAUCUGCAUCUGCAUAGCUGCGUAUGUCUGCACAAUCACAGCACUGUACACAAGUGUCUACCAACUGUUCUCAACUGCACUUCAUCCUGCCCACCUGCGCUAUCUGUGAAAGGAUAUAAAUAGAUUGUCUUUUUAGUGGAAGAAAAGAAAACACCAUGUUGUUUUGUCUUUUUUUUUUUUACUGAGAUAAGUAGCAAGUGCUGAAGUUGAUUGUUGUUCUGUAAAGGGCAUACAUAUGUCUCUCCGAAACAUUUUGAAUCCAUCCUAGUCAGUCAACAAUACCACUAAAUAGCCUGAAUGCUAGUUGUUAGCUACCCCAUGCUCGUGUGUCUUUCAUUUUUAGACAAUCAUAAUUUUAUUUUAUUUUUAUUUUUUUUUAAAAAAUUUUUGGUGUUGUUGUUGUUAUUUGCUGUUGUAUGUUGAGAAUUGUAUUUAUUUCUUGGCAAAACUGUAGUUUGUUUACUGAAUAGCACUGCUCUUAGCCGAGGUGAAGGGGAGAUUCCUCGCCGGGCCUAUCCCAGAAUUCAGUGGGGUUUGUAGAUUACGUCUGAGUGCCAGAUAGUAUUAAACAUACCAUUCACUCUUUAUUCUUCUAAUGAAACUGGUCAAGGAAUAGAUAUUACUUAGGGGUUUUUUCUAUGACAAUUUAAUGAGUCAAUUGUAAAAAAUGAAAAACAUUAUAAAGAAUGAAAGAAUUUAAAAAAAAAAGCCAGGUAUAAUUUCUUCAUAUCGCAUGAUUGGUCUGAUAAGAUCCUGUAUCUGACAUUUUCUACAGUUGUCUGCAAGCUUGUGUGAAGUUCCGUUCAUGUUAAUCCCUUGUGCCAAAUCUAUGAUAAAUAACAGACUUUCAUUUGUUUUUGUUUUUCGUUGUUAAUGUUUUUUUGUUUGUUUUUGUCAUUGUUGUUUUGUUUAUAAUCGAUUUUAAAAGUAAUCAGCAAGUUGAGGUACUUUGUUUUAAUGCUUUCUACAAUGUAACUGUUAUGCAUUUCGAUUCAAUACUGUGGGAGGAGCAACUAAGAAAUAAAGGACUACAAUGUGGA